AUGGAGAACGAUAGCAAUCUGAAGACAUGGGUCUCCGACAAGUUAAUGACCCUGCUCGGAUAUUCCCAACCCGUAAUUGUUUACCACAUCAUCGCCGUGACGAAACAAGCAACCUCGCCGGCCGGCGUGGUCGACAUGCUCGUCAAGUCCGGUUGGUUCUCCACCGCCGAGACGACGUCGUUCGCAGAAGAAAUCUUCGCCAAAGUCCCACAUAAGGCAUCUGUUGAUCUUAACCAAAACAUAAAACCACCUAGGGUUUUUCGUCGUAAAAGGUACGAUCUCGUGGACGAUGAUGAAGAAGAACAAGAACCAAAACAAGAAGAGGGAAAGAAAAGACGAACAUGCCCUGAAGAUGAUGAAGAAGAAGAUCAGAGAGCGAGGGAGCAACUGGAGAGGAAUUUGAAGGAGAAGGACAUAGCAGCCACGAGAAAACUGACAGAUAAGCCAAACCCUAAUCGGAGAAGAUCGUCGAGCAAUGCUGAUCAUGACAUUGAAGCUUUGCGAGAGCGUUCGAGGCAAGAGUACUUAAAGAAAAGGGAGCAGAUGAAACUGGAGCAGAUAAGAGACGAGGUAGAAGAUGAGAAGAAGCUAUUUGAAUGUGAUAAGAUGACUAAAGCGGAGAAACGUAGAAACAAGUACAAGGAGCAAGUGUUGAAGCUUGUGGAUAAGUAUGAAGCUAAGGAUGAUGAUGUCAAUCAAUACCGGAUUCCGGAGGCCUACGAUGACAUGGAGAGUGGUGUUAAUCAGAAGAAGAGAUUAUCCGUGGCGUUUGAGCGAUACAAGGAUGAAGAAGUGAAGAAGGUUGGUGCACAUGCAGAGCAGGAAGCUUGGGAGGAUCACCAAAUUGGAAAGGGAAGGUUUAGCUUUUCUUCAAAGAAUAGAAGAAGAGAAGGUAAUGAUGAGUAUGAGUUUGUGUUUGACACCGUCACAGAUAUGGUUGAGUUUGUCAAGGGGUCAGGGAUCAAGGGAGAUGAUGAUAACUUUGAUGAGGACGAUGAUAUGUUACUUGAAUCGAAAGCAACAACAGCGAUGGAGAAGCUGCAGGAGGAGAGGAGAGCAUUACCUAUGUACAAAAUGCGCGAAGAGUUUCUCAAGCAUGUUGAAAAACAUCAAAUUGUGAUUAUUGUAGGCCAAACUGGUUCAGGGAAAACUACACAGAUACCACAGUUUCUCCAUGAGGCAGGUUAUACUAAGGGUGGGAAGAAGAUUGGAUGCACGCAGCCGCGGCGCGUUGCUGCAAUGAGUGUUGCUGCGAGGGUUUCUCAAGAAAUGGGGGUCAAGCUUGGGCAUGAGGUAGGUUACUCUAUUCGUUUUGAGGAUCACACCUCUGAGAAGACUGUUGUGAAGUACAUGACAGAUGGAAUGUUGUUGAGGGAGUUCCUUGUUGAGCCAGAUUUGGCAAGUUACAGUGUGCUGAUGGUGGAUGAGGCGCACGAGAGAACACUCUCGACUGACAUUCUAUUUGGAUUGGUGAAGGACAUUGCUCGGUUUAGACCUGAUCUGAAACUGCUCAUCUCUAGUGCAACUCUUGAUGCUGAGAAAUUCAGUGUUUAUUUUGAUUCAGCUCCAAUUUUUAUAGUCCCAGGAAAGCUGCACGAUGUUGAUGUCUUCUACACGAAAGAACCAGAAGCUGAUUACUUGGAUGCAGCAAUUGUCAGUGCACUACAAAUCCAUGUGAAAGAACCACCUGGUGAUAUAUUGGUGUUCCUCACCGGACAAGAAGAAAUCGAAACCAUGAACGAAAUGUUGAAGCACAGGACAAGAGGUCUAGGGACAAAAAUUGCUGAGCUGAUUAUCUGCCCCAUAUAUGCAAACUUGCCUACUGAGCUGCAACAAAAGAUUUUCGAGCCUACUCCUAAAGGGGCUAGGAAAGUUGUCCUUGCCACAAACAUUGCUGAAACUUCGCUGACAAUAGAUGGGAUCAAAUAUGUCAUUGACCCUGGAUAUUGCAAGAUGAAGUCCUAUAAUCCGAGGAGUGGGAUGGAGUCAUUGCAAGUCACUCCUAUCUCAAAGGCGUCUGCAAUUCAGAGGGCAGGUAGGUCUGGUCGAACUGGUCCUGGUAAGUGCUACAGGUUAUAUACCGAGGAAAAUUUUAAAAGUGAGUUAGAUGAUACCACAAUACCAGAAAUACAACGUACUAAUCUCGCUAAUGUUGUUCUUACUUUGAAGAGCCUUGGGAUCAAUGACUUGCUGCACUUUGAUUUCAUGGAUCCUCCACCUGCUGAAGCACUGAUAAAAGCCUUGGAACUGUUGUUUGCGCUAGGGGCACUAAAUAGUAUUGGUGAGCUUACCAAGAUUGGUAGACAGAUGGCUGAGUUUCCUGUGGAUCCAAUGUUGUCGAAGGCGAUAGUUGCUUCAGACAAGUACAAGUGCUCAGAGGAGGUACUUUCAAUUGCUGCCAUGCUCUCCACUGGUAAUUCCAUCUUCUAUCGUCCAAAGGACAAACAAAUCUAUGCUGACAAUGCAAAGCAAAAUUUUCACACUGGCGACGUGGGAGAUCACAUUGCAUUGCUAAAUGUUUAUAACACAUGGAAAGAGACAAAUUAUUCGACACAAUGGUGUUACGAAAACUAUAUACAAGUUAGGAGCAUGAAAAGAGCAAGAGAUAUCCGGGAUCAGCUUGAGCGGCUCUUGGAGAGAGUUGAGAUUCAGCUCACCUCGAAUCCUGUGGAUUUAGAAGCUAUAAAGAAGGCAAUGACUUCUGGUUACUUCCCUCAUUCUGCUAGGUUGGAAAAGAAUGGAGUUUAUAGGACAGUGAAGAAUCCACAAAAUGUCCAUAUACACCCCAGUUCAGGGCUGGCACAAGUGCUUCCGAGAUGGGUUUUGUAUCAUGAGUUGGUCCUCACUACCAAGGAAUAUGUCAGACAGGUUUCAGAACUAAAACCAGAUUGGUUGGUGGAAAUAGCUCCACAUUAUUACCAGCUAAAGGAUGUGGAAGAAUCGAUUCCAAAGAAGAUGCCUCGAGGAGAAGGGCGUGCGCCAUAG